AGUCCUCUGCAAUCAACGUAUUUAUUUUGCCUUCUCACGUCUCCCCUUUGUCUCUUUUUCCAUCCAUUUUCUCUCAUCUUCCACUUUUCUUCCGCUCCAAUUCAGUUUUCUUUUUUUAAACCGACCACUAUAACAGUAUUUAGACUCAGCCCGUUUCAUAUUGUAAUAUUUGUACUAUCAUUUCUCAAAUCUUGUAAUCGUUGACGUUUGGAUCAAUAAAAAUCAUUUGAAAUGUUUACAUAAAUUGUCUAGUUAUAUUUGUGCAGAAAUCGACUCUAGUAACCAACCAAAUGGAUUCCAACCGGUCAUCGCUAGGACUGAUGCAAGAGCCGAGCAUCGACACAGAUAAACUCAGCUACGAAAUCUUUUCAAUCCUGGAGAGUAAAUUUUUAUUCGGCUACGACGAUCAAAAGCUUUUGAUACCCAAACAAGUUUCUCCCGACGUUUCUAUCACCCCGAACAACGACAGUUUUCAGUCCAUGAAGAAUCAAAGAGGCAAAAUCUGUGUACUCUCAAUCGACGGUGGAGGAAUGAGAAAUAUUUUAGCUGCUAAAUCGUUAGCUUAUCUCGAAAAAGCCUUAAGAAUAAAAUCGGGUAAUCCAGACGCCAGAAUCGCAGACUAUUUCGAUGUGGCCGCAGGCACCGGUGUAGGUGGUGUUUUUACAGCCAUGUUGUUUGGUACUAACAAUAAUAACCGUCCUAUAUUUAAGGCGGAUGACACGUGGCGGUUCUUAGCCGAACAUGCGAACCGUCUGUAUUGCCCGAAAUCCGGUUCCGGUUUAUUCAAAAGAAUUUUCGGCAGCGGUAAAGGGGAGCCAAAUAUGACUCGUGCUACAACCGGUUUUGAAAAAGCAAUGAAAGAAGCUUUUGUAGUUAACGGUCAAAGUUUGACUUUGAAAAACACGUUGAAGCCGAUUUUAAUCCCUUGUUAUGAUCUUUCCAGCUCGGCUCCGUUUUUGUUUUCCCGAGCCGACGCUUUGGAAUCCGAGAGCUUUGACUUUCGGCUUUGGGAGGUUUGUCGUGCCACGUCAGCUACUCCAGGUUUGUUUGAGCCGGUGGCUAUGAAGUCGAUGGAUGGGAAGACUCGGUGUGUGGCGGUUGAUGGGUGUUUGGCUAUGAGUAACCCGACCGCGGCGGCCAUCACGCACGUGUUACAUAACAAGCAGGAGUUUCCAUUUGUGCGUGGGGUGGAGGACCUCAUGGUACUUUCACUAGGUACGGGUCAGCUUCUAGAAGGGAACUACAGUUAUGAACAAGUCAAAGGGUGGAAGGCUAACCAGUGGUGUCGUCCCAUGGCUCGAAUUUCCAGUGACGCCUCGGCGGAUAUGGUGGACCACGCUGUCGCUAUGGCGUUUGGUGAGAGUCGUUCUAGUAACUACGUUCGUAUUCAGGCAAAUGGAUCCAACACGGGUCGUUACGGGACCAAUGUGGAUUCAGACCCAAGUCCUAGCAAUGUAAGUAUGCUGACGGCUAUGGCCGAUGAGAUGCUCGGACAAAAGAAUGUCGAAUCGGUGCUCUUCGGGGGCAAAAAGGUCAUUGACCAGACCAAUCUUGAGAAACUUGACUGGUUUGCUGGAGAACUUGUGUUAGAGCAUCAGAGGAGGAGUUGCCGGAUAGCUCCCACUGUUGUUCUUAAGCAAGCCGCCGCAUAAUAAAUUUAAUUAAACAAAAGGGCCUAGUGGAAAUAAAGUAAGGAAAAAGAAGUUAUAUGUGUGUAUAUAUCAUCAGCUUUGUGAAGUAAGAAAGUGGGAGUCUGAAAACAAAGAAGAAAAGGUAAGGUUAGGGAUGAAUGUUGGUGAAGUUUGGCUUAGUAGAGUACAAAUAUAAUGUGGUGUCCAUUCAACCCACUUACACGAGGGGCAAAAAGGUCAAAUCUUAGUGGAUUAUAUGUGGAAGUGUGUAUAGUGACCGGUCAAAGAGGACGUGUGGGGUGGGGUGGGUAAGAAGGGUAUAAUUGUAUCUUGUUAUUAAUAUUGUAAUUUAUUUCUUAGAGGCCCAUAGUUAAAUAUAUUCAAGUCCCAAGGAAAUAGUGUAAAGAAAUAAAGGGACACCUUUUAAUUUUGUUAUGUGGUGGGGUUCCAACAUAACUCAAAAGCAUCCCCCUUGGGGAAAUUCUGUUCAUAUUGUACUAUAUGUCGAUAUAUAAAGUUGGUGUGCUUCACAUUUC